CAGCAACUCCUCAGCAACUACAGCAGAUUUGUACAGGCAUUUGCUGUGCUUCUGGGGGAACUUAAUAAAUAAAAAUUGAAGAUUUUGGGACAUUUGUUCACAUGUGUCCGAGAGGAGAUGAAGGCUACCAGAUCUUGCAUAAUUCAGCUUUGGCUUGUAAUCCUCCUUUUUCCUGUGUCUUAUUCUAUGGCCGUCACUGACAAAACAGCUACUACAUGCCCUAUAUUGAAAACAGAUGGACCUCAGUCUGGCCAUGUCUACAAUGAGAAAUUGGAUGCAUCAGGUUUUGAUUUAGCAGAAAGCUUUUCUUUGAGGCAGAUUUCAUGUGGAUCUGGAAAAACCUGUUUCAAGUUGGGAAAUGCACCUCUUAUCAGAGACUCUCAGCAAGUGUUUCCAAAUGGACUUCCAGAGGAAUACUUCUUAACUGCCACAUUCCGUGUUAGAAGAAGCAGCAAAAAGGAGCGGUGGUAUUUGCUGCAAAUUUUAGAUCAGCGCAACUUGCCACAGGUUUACAUCACAGUUGAUGGUUCAAAGAAGAUUGUAGAGUACAUUGCACAAUCUACCCAGGGGCAGUCCUUGCGCUACACCUUCAAAAGCCAUGAAAUACAUUCAGUCUUUGAUCGACAGUGGCAUAAACUCAGCAUUAGUGUACAAUCAAGAAUGAUUUCCCUGUAUGUGGACUGCAGUUUAAUUGAGCACAGGGAGACUGAUGAAAAAGCUAUUGCGGAUUUCCAAGGGAAGAUUCUUAUUGCUACCCGCUAUUUAGAUGGCAAGCCUGUAGAUAUUGAACUUGGUCACAUGAUCUUGUAUUGCAAUCCCAGACUUGCUGCUCAGGAGACUUGCUGUGAAAUAUCUGAGGAUAUGUGUCUUUUGGAAGAAAGCUCGAAAACAACUACAGUACCACCAUCAACCAUUCAUGUUGGUGAAAUACUUGCACUUCCCCUGAUGGAAAAAAAACCUGAAGAAAAAUGUUUUUGCUACCCAAACAAGGGAGAAGCAGGAUUGCCCGGUGUAGCAGGUUUGCCAGGCCAGAAAGGAGAAAAGGGUGAGAAGGAGCUAAAGGAGAAAAUGGCAUUCCUGGUUUCCCUGGAGAAAAGGGAGAAGAUGGUCUGAUUGGUGCCUCUGGUAUUCCUGGUAUUUCUGGUGAUAAGGGUGAACAUGGCUUGAAAGGUGACAAAGGUGAUGUGGGUGAAAAGGGUGAAAAAGGAGACAGAGGAGAGCAAGGAUCAAAUGGAACACCUGGAAUAGAUGGUUUGAAAGGGGACCCUGGUGAUCAUGGAAUGACUGGU